AUGGCAGCAGAGAGAGGCGAGGCCACGCGGAGGAAUGAAUGGAGGAGGGAGGUGGCCUCAGCCCAGGCCCAGGGAAUCCUCCACCUCCGCCAACAGGGAUUUGGCCCCAAACCCGGAAUCACUAACGCGGGGUCCCUCAGGGCAGGCGAGUGGAAGGUGUGGGGCGCGGGGACCCCAAACUCGAAGCAGCUGCCCGACCCUCACCCUCCUGGGGGGGAAACUGAGGCCAAGGCCACACAGCAAGUCCCCUGGGCCGGAGCCAGCACUGGGGUGGCCCCACCCCCAGCGCGCAGCAGCGCCCUGCAGGCAGGCUGGACUCCAGCGGGCCAGGCCGGGGAAUUCCACGUGCCCAGGCCGCCUUCCAGCUGGCCACGUCUGCCUGGGACCUCGGCCACCAAGCCCAGCAGUCAACAGAGACUCCGGAGACUGCCUGGGGCCACACGGCAAUCCCACCCGACUGACCCCGGCCUUCCCCGGCGGAAACUACCGAGCCCUAGCAAACUUCUCAGGACGUGGGACAAUCGCAAUAUCCUUCCGUCGGGCGUGUUCAGCGUCACGGAGCUGAUCCAGGUGUCGCGGACUCCCGUGGUGACCGGAACCGGACCCAACUUCUCCCUGGGAGAGCUGCAGGGCCACCUGGCCUACGACCUGAACCCCGCCAGCGCCGGCAUGCGGAGGACUCUGCCCAGCACCUCCUCCAGCGGGAGCAAGCGGCACAAGUCGGGCUCCAUGGAGGAGGAUGUGGACACGAGCCCCGGCGGGGACUACUACACCUCACCGAGCUCGCCCACGAGUAGCAGCCGCAACUGGACUGAGGACAUGGAAGGAGGUAUCUCGUCCCCGGUGAAGAAGACCGAGAUGGACAAGUCUCCGUUCAACAGCCCGUCCCCCCAGGACUCCCCCCGGCUCUCCAGCUUCACGCAGCACCACAGGCCGGUCAUCGCGGUGCACAGCGGGAUUGCGCGGAGUCCCCACCCGUCCUCAGCCCUACACUUCCCUGCGACGUCCAUCCUGCCGCAGACGGCCUCCACCUACUUCCCCCACACGGCCAUCCGGUACCCGCCACAUCUCAACCCCCAGGACCCGCUCAAGGAUCUGGUGUCCCUGGCUUGUGACCCGGCCACCCAGCAGCCUGGACCGCCUGCUCUCCGCCCGGCACGCCCCCUGCAAACCGUCCCUUUGUGGGAUUAGGACGGAGGGAUCCUCUGGCGGGACAGUCCUGGUACCUGGGAUAGCCAAGGUCGCCUUCCCGCGCCUCCGUUGCCGGGGGAGUCCCAGAGGUGAUGGCCCCAGCCUGCAUUUUCAGUGGGAAUUAGAACGAGCGAGCGAGAAGCUCCCUGCCGACUCCCAGCGCGACAGAAAAGACAGACACGCAGGAGGAGAAAGGACAAAAGACAAACAGGAAAAAAAGAAAGAAAAAAACCUUCCCAACCGAGACGACAAAAGGUGGGAAGCUGCGGGUCUCUGUGGCACCUGCUGAUGGACGGCUGCUUGCAGCCCUCUGCGCCCCAGGACGCCGCCAUCACCCCCAGACCAGGCGAGCCCGGCCUGGCACCCACGCCCAUCACCAACAGAUGGACGGAGUGGACGGCGUGGGCCACCAGCCGGGCCACCUCUCCCCAGACCCCUGCCGCCAGCCACCAGCGCCAGCCUCGGGGACCUCCGCUGACCGUCCCCGCCGACGGUGUUUGCCAAAGACAGGAGACUGGAGGCGGUGCUGGCAGAGGAGGUGGACCGACCCGGCGGGCAGUGGAGGCCUGGAGAGGGCGCGGAGCUGCCCAGCGCGGGCCCUGCUGGGGACGGAUGUGCCACAGGUACUUUGGGACCCCCGGGAGGGUCCUGCGUCAGCCUCCGCCUCCUCACCUCCCUGGUCCCCUCCUUGCGGACCUCUUUGGAAGGACACAUCUCUAUGCAAUUAGUCCCCGGCCCCACCCCGGCAUGAGAGGCCACGCAGCUCCGACCCGCCGCCUCCUCUCGCACAUGGGAAGUAUCAGCACUUUGAGAAACGGAGGUGGGGAGCUGGGACCCCACGCCGAGGCCCCCGGAGGCGGGAGGUGCCGCGAUCUAAGUGCCUAACCCCUCCGCCCACCUGCCGACCCCCUCGUCCAUCAGGGACACAGAGUGGCCAGGGCACCCCACCCUCGUCCCUGCGCACCCUGCUCCUCAUCGCCGCGCGCCCGCCCUCCAAGCUAGAGAGAUGGGACCCCAGGGGUAGAGCUGGGUGUCCCCAAACCCAGGCUGGGGCCACGCGCUAUCCCUACACUUCUGCCAGUGCCUUACUUCCUGGAGACCCACCCUGGGGUGCCCCACUGCAGGGGGAUACCCCCUUUGCACUUUGACCCCCUGAUGACGUGGGGCCCGGCACAGGGACCAAGAAGGCUGGUGGAAGUACACUCGGACCCCAGGUGGGAGGGCUCUGCGAGUGACGGGGUGGCGGGUUCCCCAUCUGCUGUGCGGACUUCACUAACCUAAAAAAGAACACUAAGAUGGGGGUGCGAGGUCCGUGCCCCACCCCAGCUCUGCACCCAUCCACACCCACCUGGGUCCCCAUCUCGGUGGGCUGCCCUAGGAGGGGAAGUUGAGUAUUUUAGGGUCACUGAACCCACAAGGGUCCCUCCUCCCCAACCACCCAUCUUGGCCCCUUCAUGCCUGUGUCCCCUGCCCACGGAGGCCGCAAGCCAUCAUCCCAGCAGAGCCCCCAGGGCCAGGCCCCACCCACCCGCUGUCCUCCCAGGGAUGGGGCGAGGCCACUUGAACGUACCAAGCCCCCCAAGACGCUUCCCCAGCCUUGGAGGCCUCGAACCCCCACCCAUCUGUCCGUCCGUCUGUCCUCAGGGACCCUCCAGCAGGGGGGGACCAUAGGGGACAUCGUGGAGGUCACUGUCCAGGUGUGGGGCUCAGGCCAGUGGGCAUGGGACAGGCUGUCCCCAGGGUGGACCUGGCUGGUCCCCUCUGACACCCCCCCAAGCCAGCCAGCCGGGUCCCCCAGGGGUCAGGACAAAACCAACUAUUUACCUAACUGCAUGGUGCUUAAGGCCCCGCGACCCCCGAGAGUCCCCCCGGGCAGCUGCGUGCAUGACAGCUCCACCCGGUCUGCCCCACCCCGCCCACGCCCUCCCCGCCUCUA